AUGCAUUUUACCCUCCCCUUCAUUGUAGCUGUGCUGGCUAGCGUGGCUACUGCGAGCCCUGUACAGUUUGGUGAGGCUACAAAUGCAGUUGCAGCCAGAAGUAAUGAGAUUCAAACGCAGGCCUCCACCCCCGAAGCCCUGCAAAAGCGAACACCGGUAGGGUGGGACAGUCAGCAUGUGUGGCACCCCAACGACGAAGCCCUCUGGAGGGUGCGACAUCGACACAGGGCGGAGUGGGAACUUAGGAGCACAGUACCUGGAUAUUAUGUAGAACAAAUGGAGAAACAAGAGGCCGAAAAGCAGCGCAAGCAAAAAUCGAAAACGGAACAGGGUCAGACGGCUCAUGACUAUGCGGCCGCGAACGCGAGGCUCCCGAAGCACGCGCCGGGCCGAAGUCGAGGUGGCAAGGGCGGCUCUAAUCCCGCAGGCGGACGAUGA